CUGAGGCACCCGACGUCCCGCGCCCACAGCAGAGCCGGGCGCCGCCGUACCGCCGCCUCCGCGCCCGCCUCCCGGCUCCCAGCGCGGUGAUGGGCGCGGCGCCCUGCGGUACUGCUCCCGCCCCUCCCCGUCCCUUCCGGCCCCGCGAACCCGCGAGAGGCCGGGGCACUGCCUUUCUGCCGCCAGCCGCGGGCCUGGCGCUCCUCGGCGGUCCGGGACCUGGUGAGUAAAAGAAAAAUGUGCUAAGCUGUCCCAGAAACACAAACCAGAAGUGGCAUCCUCUUUAAAAUUUCCACUGGACCUGUGUGAGAGUACUUGGAGCAGUGACUGCCAUCUGGUGGCAAGCUAGAAUCAUCGCUUUGUGUGACCUAAUGGUUACUAAGAUGUCCACUCUUGACUCACGUGGUCUGCACUGGCAGCAGGGGACCAGGAGAGCCUGGAAGGUGUCUGAUAGGAGCCUAGUGAAAUAACUCUCCGCUUCCACCUGAAUGGAUUGUUCAUCCCAGAUUCUGAGCCAGGAUCCAGCUCCAAAAUGGCGCCUCUGAAGAAAAGAUCUGAGUUGCUGUUGUGUUUUAGUCAAAGAUCUGCUGGUUACCUACCAGUGGGUAACCGAGACUGUGAAUAGGCACAUACCAAGAGGGGUGUAUGAUGACAUGGAGCCUGAAAUAAACUGCUCUGAAUUGUGUGAUGGUUUUCCUGGUCAGGAGCUGGAACGUAGACCCCUUCAUGAUCUCUGCAGAACUAUAAUUACCUCUUCCCACCACAGCAGUAAGACCAUUUCUUCAUUAUCUCCUGCCCUCUUGGGUAUUGUUUGGACUUUCCUAAGCUGUGGACUUCUCCUCAUAGCCUUCUUUCUUGGCUUCACAAUUCGCUGCAGGAAGAACAGGAUUGUGAAGAUGUCCAGUCCCAAUCUGAACAUUGUGACCUUAUUGGGCAGUUGUCUGACUUACAGUAGUGCUUACCUCUUUGGGAUUCACAAUCAAGGUGCUUUAGUGGGAAGUUCAAUGGAAACUCUCAUUCAGGUAAGACUCUCCAUGUUGUGCAUUGGAACUUCCCUGGUGUUUGGCCCCAUUCUUGGGAAGAGCUGGCGACUCUACAAGGUGUUUACCCAGAGGGUUCCGGACAAGAGAGUGAUAAUCAAAGACCUGCAGCUUCUGGGGUUGGUGGCAGCCCUGGUGAUAGCUGAUGUGAUCCUGCUCAUGACUUGGGUGCUGACUGAUCCCAUCCAGUGUCUCCAGAUUCUCAGUGUCAGUAUGACGGUGACAGGGAGAGACGUGUCCUGCUCUCUGACCAGCACACACUUCUGUGCUUCCCGGUACUCCGACAUCUGGAUUGCUCUCAUUUUGGGAUGCAAGGGCCUGCUGCUGCUAUAUGGGGCCUACCUGGCUGGCCUGACUGACCACGUCAGCUCUCCUCCUGUAAAUCAGUCUUUAACCAUUAUGGUUGGGGUCAACCUCGUGGUACUGGCUGCUGGGCUGCUUUUUGUGGUCACCAGAUACUUGUACUCCUGGCCCAACCUGGUCUUCGGACUCACGUCUGGAGGUAUCUUUGUUUGCACAACUACAAUCAACUGCUUCAUCUUCAUUCCCCAGCUGAAGCAAUGGAAGGCAUUUGAAGAGGAAAACCAAACAAUCAGACACAUGGCCAAAUAUUUCAGCACUCCCAGCAAAAGCUUGCACACCCAGUAUGGUGAGGAGCAGAAUUGCCACAUUAAAGGAGAGAAAAACUCCAUGGAGAGACUCCUCACAGAAAAAAAUGCUGUGAUUGAAAGCCUGCAAGAACAAGUAAACAAUGCCAGAGAGAAGCUGGUGAGACUGAUGUCAGCAGGGUGCUCCUCUGACCUCCCAGAGGAGGCUGUACCACCUGCCUCUUCCCACCACAAGGACAUCCUAGCCGCAGCCUCUGCCCAUAGCCUGGCACCUCAAGGGCCUUCAGAAUGUCUCUCUGACUCUCCUAAUGAUACCAGUGCAGCCACCCAGAACUCCCAGAGCACCUCAGUGCUGGCCUCAAGUGUACAAGGCCUCACGGAGCCUGUGAAGGACACCAGCCCCUCCACAGGGCAGAAGCAGAAAAUUUCUGACUUGAAAGACCUUUCUAAUCCUUUACAUUUGGGCUACAGCCAGAAGCCAUGGGCUGAGCAAAGCCAGACUGCAGAAAGAAGAGGCCAGGUACCCAUGGCCCUCCACCAGUGUCUCAUGCAAAGUGAAGAAGGCUCUGUUCCCCAGAGACAUGGGCAGGUAGAGAACUCAGAGGGGCCCCCAGAGCAAAUGUCAAGAGUCAAUUCAGUGAUCAGGGAGAAACUUCAGGAAGUCCUCCAAGAUCUGGGCCUGGGCCCUGGGGCUCCCCUCCCCUCUUCCUUGUCUUGUCCCCAGCAGCCCUGGAAGAGCAACACUGCCCACAGCCCCCAGAAGGUCCCCCUCUCCAAGGAGCCGGGCUUCAGCCCCUCCAUGGUGAGGAGAAGGAGGGCGGCACAGCGGGCUCGCUCACACUUUCUAGGCACUGUACCCUCCUAUGUCGGGCACCGGGUAAACAGGGCCAUUUCUGGGCAAAAUGUACAGGACAGGGACAGCCCCUGCCUGGACCCCCAAACUGCUGAUCCCAGGGUAGCAAGACCCUCUUCUGGGAAUCCUUUAGUACUCCCUGCUCCUCGAGGCAAGCCAGGCGCCCUAGAGGGCCGCACACAGCUCCAGGCAGAGCCCCGGCGAGCUGAACAGAGCAUCGCAUCCUUUCCCCAAAAGUCUUCCGGUUCUGGCCGGAAGCUGUGUCCCGCUGCCCCACGCCCAUCCAGGGCCUCCCCCGACCUGCCUGGGCAGCAGCAGCCCCCAGGGUCCCCAGGCUGUCCCUCCCUGUCUUCUCCCAGUAGCUACCUUGACACCGAAUCCAGCAGCUCAGACGAGCUCUUCUGCCGCUGCCACCGGCCCUACUGCGAGAUCUGCUUCCAGAGCUCCUCUGACUCCAGUGACAGUGGCUCGUCAGAUACCGACCCUGAGCCUGCGGGGGCGCUGGCUUCCUGGGAAAAGCUGUGGGCCCGCUCUAAGCCUAUUGUGAACUUCAAAGAUGACUUGAAACCCACACUGGUGUGAACAGCAGAGCAAGUCUGGACUUAGGGCUCUGUCGGGAUAAGCCAUAGCAUGGUCCGCUGUGGCCUUCAGGGAACAGACCAGUGCCCUUACCGCGUUCGUGUGUUCAUUUGAGCACCAUGGUACCUUGAGCACUUCCUGAUCUACACAAAGAGGGAUAUUGCCUGUUUUGUUACUACCUCACAGCAUUCCUGUAAGAGACUCCAGCUGAGUGCCCAUAAAACAUACGCUUUAGAUAAAAAGGUGCUAAAUGAGCACAAAGGGUCUUCUGUUCUGGUCAGCCUGCAAUGUAUAAAACUCCAUAUAUACCAGAUGGAUGGCUGGAUGGACAGACAGAUGGAGAAGUGGAAAGAAAAUUUCUGCAGAACCAGAGUUGUGGACUGUGAUUCAUCAAAUUGGCUUUUUGGUGGCCAACCUGCUAGGAAAAUAUCUCCUAUGGAUUGGGUGAUCCACUGUCAGCAGGGGGUGGUUUGUUUCUGCUCAAGUUUGUGAACAACACCACCUCUCAGUUCCAGCUUCCAGUCAGACUCAUCUCAGAGCCACCUGUACAUCUCUGUUUUGUGUUCAUGUCUUCAUACCAUUGUGGCACCUCACCAUCAUUGAUGAGACAGUCAGGCAGCCUGGAUCUCUCUCCUGGGCUCAGGUGGCACCUGAGGCACCCCUCUUCUUUGACCCUGCCGGUGGUGCAGUUUUGUGGUAGUGGGAAGUAUGCAUUGGCAAUCCCUGUUGAGGUUGGAGAGGCCCUGUUGGUCAAGAGGGUGCCAGCUGGGCCAACAUGACCACUGAUGGCUACAUUGACCUGGAAAUAGAAAUCAGGAAAAUAGAAAGGAAGAAAUGGGGGAGAAGAUAAGAAAAACAAACAAACAAACAAACAAACAGAUUUUGCACAUUUACCUUGAGACUGGCAUAGUACUUGGAAAUAUCAAAUAUCAGUAAUUGCUUAUGAUAACCCUGUGAAGUAGGUACUGUCAUCCCCAUUUUACAGGUGGGGAUUAUGAGGCUUGAGAAGAUGGAGGUGGCUUCCGUAGCAUCACACUGCUGGAGAGGGGCCCAUGUGGGAGUUGGCCACAGCUCACAGGAUUGCAAGUGCAUACACUUCCCUGGGGCACAUCUCUUCACUUGUUCCUCUGGGAGUGGCAGUCAGAGUGUGGCAGGCUGGACAGCAAAGGUAGCAUGGGAAACUGCAGUGUGCUCAACCUGCAGUUCAGGAUGACAAAACUGGGCUCCUCACCUAAGUAAGCAGCCCGCCACUGCCUCACUGCCUUGGGAGCCCACCCACACCUCCCACAGCGCUGGGGAGCUGGUGAGAGAUAAGUACCAGGGUCUUGUCAGCUGCCAGAGCCACAGAGAAAACACAGCUGGGUCCACUUCACUUGUUGCUGAGCUAGUUGUUUACAGGCUCUUCCCUGCCCCUAACCUGUGUGUGUAUCUGCAUGUGUAUACAUGCUUGUGUGCAGGAGCAUGGGCCUCAUUAGAUACAUCCAGAGGGGAGCAUUUGGCUCUAAAUGUCUUGCAGAAGAUGUUAUCAUGGACUCUCGUUGACUGCUGACACCUUGUGAAUCUCCAAACACUGGACCAGGAGGCCCUCCUGGCAAUACAGCUUCUUCUGUUGUCCACUUUUAAAUACAAAUAUCAUAAUUUAUUCUGCGUGUGGGCUUGAAGUUUCUGCUUGUGCUGUUUGUAUGCUGUCCAAGUGAUGCCUUAAUAAAAGAAAUGACUCUCAA